AUGGCAAGCAAAAAUUACAGAUUGGAUCCAAUCUUUCAAUUGUAUGAUCCGAUUCAAUAUUCGUUCAACAAGAAGAAAGAGGAUUACGUAAUCAUCUCACCAUCGGUAGGGACAAAGACCCAAAUAAACGACGGAGGAAGAGUUACCUUUGACAUUAAUUCGUUGUCCAAUUGGUUGCUUCUUUCCGAUGCCCAUUUCCGAUGCGAUUUCAAAAUCAAAGACGCCACUCAGAAUCGAAUUCCACAAACCAACACGACUUUAGAAAACAACUUCUUUCCGUCUUUAUUCAGCGAAAUGGUUUUGGAAGCUGGUUCAAAUCCGAUAGAGACCAUAAAACACCCCGGCGAGUUUGACACAAUGUUGAAAAAUGACGCAGACCUUGCUAGGAUAAGGGUAGUUGCUAGAAACACACUGGAAAGAGUGACUCGCGGAGUAAAUCACGGAUUUGAAAAACGAGCGCUUCAAUACAACAAUAUCGUCGAGAACAACAGAUGGGGUAAUUACGUAAAUUGGAAGUUGUAUCCUUUAUUUGGUCUUUUGGAACACAGAAAGGUUUCCAUAGGUUUACCGUAUAAAAUUCAUUUGCAAAGAGAAAUCAACGACAACAAGAUAUUCUUUGGUGAAAACAACUCUGACGCAAAAUUGGAAAUAAGGAAUAUCCAACUUUACAUACCGGUAAUCACUCCUUCCGUAGAAGUGGAAACGAGAAUAUUCAACUCUUUAACCAAAGACAUCGAAAUUGCUUUUCUUCGUCGUAACACGGUAGGUAGCAUGACUUUAACGGGAGAAUCCACCACGUGGCCAAUUACCAACACCGUCAAACCAGCGAGGUAUCUAAUGAUUAUCGAUAAAUACAAACAUUGCAAAGUCAGAGACGAUAUAGACUUGGAAAGAAUUGAUGAGAAUUUAACUAAAAAAGGUGGAUUUUUACCUUUCUUACCUUUAAUCUUUGCUGGUUUAACUGCAGCUGGUGCAGCUACUGGAGGAAUAUCUGUCGCAGUCAAAGCUGCCAACGCAAAUAAAGCAGCUGCAGUAAAAGAAGCUGAAGAACGUAGACACAAUUUGGCAAUGGAAAGAGAAGCACGAGGAGGUUCGGGAAUAGGAGAUAUAUUAGGGACGGUUAAAGAAUUCGGACAAAGAUUUGUCGAAGAAACCAAGAAAACUGUUAAAGAGGGAUUAAGCAAAUUAAUAGAUAAAAUCGACACCGGAGAAAUGAAGGUCAAACACAAGGGCGACGCCAUAUUUUUUAAAAACAUACGUUCGCGCGAGGGAAUCUUCCUUUCAAAGUAUAAAGGCAACGGGGUGAUUUUUGAAAUAUUUCCUAAUAACCCAAUGCUCAUGUGUAUAUGCGGUAGUUCAGGUUCUGGGAAAACUCAUCUCACUUUUAACAUGUUGACAACACCAAACCUUUUAGAUUUCGAUUCUCUGUAUAUCUACACAACAACACCAGAGCAAUCGUAUUAUCAAUUCCUCAAAGCUUUGGAAUUUUUACCAAAGAAAGAUGUUCAAGACCUAUUUCAAUAUUACGAAGAAAACGAAGAAGAAGUGGAAAUAAAAGAUAUCAUAGAUAACUACAUCGAAGGAAAGAAUCCAACGGAUAUAAAAGUUUUUCUUACGAAAAAUGUUAAUGAUCUAGACUUGUCUAAUAUUGAUAGCAAACGAAAGAACUUGGUAUUGUUUGACGACUGCGUAGCGCANAGAAAUCAAGCUGUUCAACAAGAAUUCUUCACGAAAGGAAGACAUCACAACUGUCACUGCAUAUACCAAUCCCAAUCUUUUUACGGAAUGGAUAGAGAUACAUUUAAAAAGGUUUGUAAAGCUCAAUGGAGAAACCCAGAUGAUCAUGGAUAUGUAUUUGUAAAUACUAGAAAACCUGCGGGAGAAAGAGUUAUGAUCGAUAUAUGUUAA